UCGCCGAUCGCUGCGCUGCAGGACGGUAGCGGGGCCGAGCUGGACGAAGGCGAGGCGAAGCGGCUGGCUGAGGGCCUCAUCCGAAGCGAGCUCAUGUAUCCCGGCGUGCGCCUGGCCGAGAACUGCUGGAGCGACGGGUUCUCCUGUGAGCUGUGCAUAGUGAGAUGGACCGUAAUGAAGAAGAGGUAUUGUUUCGAGCUCGAGCUGGUGCUUCCGGACCGAAGAGUGGAGAAGCACUGGCUAUGGCCCUUCACGGGAGCGUUGGGAAGUAUGGUAGUGCCAAGUCAGAAGGGCUUCCGUGCUGGGGCGGUCCGUGGUGCCUUCCUCGCCUUGCUGGACCAGAAGCGGCUCUUCAUGCAGGCUCACUACCCAGGUAGCAGCGGGACAACGGCAUAUGUCAGCAGUGAUUGUGUGCUGUGGUGGUGCAGACAGCUGGAAAUGUAAUCAGCCCCUGCUGGACCCCUCGCGCACCUUUCCGAAGCAGCUUUGCCUCGGUCCUCGAGUGCAAUGCCAGCAUUGCAAGGCGUGGGUGUGGAAGAGCGAGGGGAGCUCAUUCUGCUGCGAAGGUGGCCGGGCAGUGCUUGAGCCUCUGCCGUGGGCAAACGACUUCAAGGCGCUGAUGUCGGAUCCCACCUUUGGGCCUGAACUGCGGAAGAACAGUCGGUGGUACAACAACACGUUCUCGAUGACGGCGAUGGGCUUUCACGCGCGCUCCAGCGUGGCCCUGUCGUUUCCUCCCGGCUUCAGUGAGGUGCAGAUGUGCGGACGCGUGUACCACCGCGUGCUGUCGGCGGAAGAGCAGCCUCUGGUGUGGAUGGUCUACGAGACUCCCCGGGCGGACGAGGAGCGCACGAAGCGCAUCAAGACGAUAGCUGGAGUGGAGGGGGCGACAAAGGGAAGGAGUCAGCGAGUGUUGAUGGUCCAGCAGCUGGUCGAUCGGCUGCAUCUGAUGCUGCUUAAGGAGAACCCGUUUGUUCGGCAGCUGCGCAUGUUCGGCGAGAUUGCGCAAGCGGAGGGCUGUCAGGUCGUCCUGGAGUUCCAGUACAGGCCACAUUCAGACGAGGUCUGCGUGCUGCUGCCGGACUCCCCUGCCUAUGAUCCGUGCGAGCGGCUCGUGUGCAUCCGUCCCUACAGACGGACCACCACCGGCCACGACGAAGACUUUGUCGACUGCAAGAGCCCGGCCUACGAGUCGCUGCAGUACCCGCUCAUCUUCCAGAGGGGGUGGCUGGGCUGCUGUCCGUCGAUGCCUCUGUCGUCCAGGUGAAUGGGGAGCGACGGGAAGGCGGACGGUUCGAUUGGUUGGGUGAAUGGUCGUGUUGGUGUGCUGUGUGUGGCGGCAGGACGGGCAACGACUACUUUGACGACGUGGAGCUUGACCAGGUUAUCAAUCGACGCUUCUACACGCGGGCCUUUCGCGAGGAGGACAUCACGAGCGGCGAGCUGAAGCCCAGCGAUAAGUACUGGACCUCGAUGCGCUACGCGCGUCAGCGGCUGCUCAAGGAGCCCUUGGUGCACCUCAUGCCCCGCCUCGGCCAGGAGUACCUGAUCGACCUGUGCGCGCGAAUGGAGGACGAGCGGCUCUAG